UAAAAUAGACAUUUUAACCUUGACACUUCGAUGACAAUUAAAUGACAACCUAAAUAUAUAAUCUUCAAUUGCGCAUUUUUAUGUGCGAUGUACAAUAACAAGUUUAAUUUAAACAUAAAAACACCGGAAAACCUAUUUUAUAAUAGCUACUUUAUUUAGAGGUUAUGUAUAAACCUGAUACCUUUUAAUUCAUCGCUUUUUAAACCACAUUUUGUCUUAAAAAUCAAAUUAUGGCAACUAUUGUUGUAAGAAGAUUAUGUAAAAAUUCUGUGAGAUCCUACGCGCGCAGUUUUAGCAUUUUGAGAACAAAAUCUGAUACAAUCGGACCCAGUUUGGUUUUUAACGUUAUCCGUUUUAACCAUAAUCGAGUAUUGGUAAAACGUUUUACGCCUAGUUUGCAUAAUUUAUGCGCGUAUUCGAAUGAGAAGAAAAAUGAUAAAGAAGUUUUGAAUCAGAAAAAACUUGGUUUAUUUCAGAAGUUUAAGCAAAUGUAUCGAGAUUAUUGGUAUGUUUUGGUCCCAGUUCAUAUUGUUACAUCAAUUGGAUGGUUUGGAAGUUUUUAUUACAUGGCUAAAAGUGGCAUUGAUAUAGUAGCAAUAAUGGAAAAUUGGCAUAUAAGUGAAACAUUAAUAUCACCUUUAAGGGAUUCAUCCAUGGGGUAUAUAGCGGUUUCUUACGCUUUAUAUAAAUUGGCGACGCCAUUUCGUUAUAUGGUAACAUUAGGAGGUACUACAUUUUCAAUAAAUUAUUUGAAAAAUUUGGGUUAUAUCAAACCAGUGCCAAGCGCCCAAGAAUUAAAGGUAAUGUAUAAAAGGAGAAUGGGAAAGAAAAAAAAUGUUAAGAAUGGGGGCAGUGGUAUUAAAAUGAAAUGUGAGGAAUUAACACAUUUGCAUCAAAAAGAAACAAUGGUCGCCGGAUUAGAUAAAAAAGUUAAAAUGGAAUGUGGUGGGAGAACUGGAAAAGUGAAAAGUAUUAAAAAAACAGAAAAAAAAUAAAUUCUAUAAUAAGGAGUAAAUAAGAUUUAUUCUAUU